ACGAGUCAGUCUGUGCAAGUCCGUCGAUGCGUUUGGAAGUGUCUCUCUGUGUCGUAAGAAAAGUCUGUGGCAAAAGGAGAGGAAGAGAGAUAGGGUGAGAUCCUUUGAGAUUUUGAGGUUUUUUCUUCGGACACAACCUACCCCCAAAGGAAAAGAUCUAAGGAACUUUUGUGAACAGCUCAAAAAGGAGCAACGGUGUGCAAUUUGCAUUUGGGUACAUUCCCAAAGUGAAUGUUUUGAAGUUUCUCGGUGCGAAAAGAAUUCCGCGGCAAAGUGACAGCUUGCGAGAAUCUUCAGGCGUGUGCGUUCGAGUGGGACCGGACCAUUGAACGGCUAAGCAGUGGGAGUGGGAUAGGCAGCUAAUUGAUAAAGAUUCGCGUGAGAGAGAAAGAGAUUUUAUUGAUUGUAGCGACAAAAUAUCCCCCCGCUAAACAGCUCGUAGUGAGUGACAGAGAGCAAUGAUAGUGGGAAUUGUUAAGUAAAAUUCUUCACGAGAAUAAUAUUCGGUGGGAAAGGACACUGCAUUGAUCAAUUGUAAACCCAGUGUGUGGUGUUUGUUUUCGUUUCCUUUUAUUUCGUCCUGCGAAGACUCUCCUAUGGGAUAAUGGCGGCCAAGUGUUGCGGAAAUUUCAAGGGCCGUCAACGUGAAGGUGUAGCAAACAUUGGAGUGUCCUCAAGAAGUGUCACAAUUCACCGUUCAAGAGGUGACCAUUGUCGCAUGGCUGGACUGCACAUGAGGCCAUCGAGGCGAAAUAAUUCAAAGCCUCCCCAUGUGGUGGCACCUUCGGCCAAUGGACCAAAAGGUGGUGCUUGCGGUGGUUGGUGGGACAGGAGUGUGGCCAAAGUGACUCUCUGUGGAAUUCUGUGUCUCAUGGCGACGGUGGAGACGUGCCUGGCAGCCAGACAAGAAGCUGUGUCCAACUGCACAUUUCCCCAGCGAUGGGAGGGAUCAUGGUUUCAAUCUGGAUUACAGCCAAUUUAUAUUAAGGGCUCCAUAUUGAGCUUUAGGGGCAAGUGUGUUGCAUCAGACGGUGACAAAUUUUUAAUGGUGGACGAUAAGGGGUGCCAUCGCUGUGUUGUGAUCUACGAAAAGCACAAGAAUGUUCUACAGUACAAAGAAAGUGAGUGCGAAGAUUUGUACAUGGAUCAACCGAUACAGGAACCGCGUAGCGUUUUAAAAAGCGAUCGUAGGGGGGGAGCUCAUCCCAACACCAACGGGCACGCAAGAUUAUCAUCAUCGGAUCACUAUUUAUUGCGAUCCCAUGACGAUAUUGAUAAUUGUUAUUGCAGAGGUCGUGAGACCUUGCAGAAUCUCUGUGAGCAAAUCCCCGGCGAUGCUCUCUUGUUUAGUAUGUUCAAGGAGAACGCCGAACCUGUCAAGUGCCCCCUCAAAGGGCCCUUCACCUUCACCUACAACCGAGGUCACGGGGAGUGCCGUAGCCCGGUAUCGAAUAUCGAAAGCUGCACGGAGGACAGUCGCCUCCUGCUGAGCUUCCAGGCGUGCCCGGAUGUGGCGGGCACUGAGAGCACAGUAGAGGAAUUAACAUGUUUGGCUACGUGGAAGGAUGGUAAUUCGAGGUAUUUGGUCGGAUUAGUAUCACACCACCACGCCACGUCCAACGAGGAGCGAUAUCGGUGCUUUGUGUACGAGAAAACUUCCACAGGAAUGGGACUCUCGUCAAAGGAUGCAGCUUACAAAUUGGCACAAUCUGGUGAUGCCACCUGCAACGGGCUCGACAGUGCUGAGGUUGGUUCACGAAUAAUGACCCUGAGGAAGGCCCCACCAGCGGAACGAUGUGAUUUCCCGGCGUGGUUCAAAGGACCCAAGCAUUGGCACGCACUUCAGGGGAAUGUUGGCUACACAUUUCAUCAAAGUGAUGGAUCAAUGCACAUUACACGGCAGAGCGGAGCAAUGGAGACUCGGGCUCUGUGUGAGCAAAUUAACAAACAAACCCCAACGGAAAUGAUGGCUGUGGUGCACUACACAACAGGCUGCCAAUCGGGAUUUAUGUGCAUGAUGUUCUAUCGACGAGACACUCACGUUGCUGAGCUACAAAUGGGUUCUGCGGCAUCGAGACUUGAGGAUGCUUGUGCUCCGGAUCACUUUGACAUCAACAAAUUGCCCCACAUCACGCUCUUAGCCAUCAAUCCCGAAUCGGAGGUUUGUCCCCUGGAGGGUCUCUACCCCAUCCGGGGUGCCAUUGGACCACCCUACGUGGCAUCGCGUCAUAAGAGGAAUCACAGCAACAACAGCAACAAAGGACACAUCCACGGAGGACAUCACCAUGAGAUCAAUUCCCAUCGAAGGCAUGGAUCUCUGAGUUUUCGCAAUUCCGAGGAAGUUGGUGAUGCUUCAUCGUGGCAUCGUCAAACACGCGGAAUUACCACCAGAGAGCGCCGCAGUUUGCAGCCCUCUGACGUUGGACGCUCACGAAGGGAAACCCCAGUUUGUGUGAUUAACUACAAUUCCGUUCGGCACUUGCUGAUUGGUUGCAAUGAACCGAAUGUUAUCGAAGUACGACCGACGUGCAGUGAAGAUGGGGAAGAAAUGUACAUGUGCCACGGAUCAUGGACGGAGAACUCAACCACAUUCAUUGUGGCUAAGCAUGUGGGAACGGCGCAUGGUGUUUGUAUUACGUACAAACCAAUAGAGGGCACUGUGGCGAAAUUCUUUGUAGGUGAAUCCUGCUACCGAUCUAACAUCAUAUCUUCAGUUGGGGUUAGCUUAGAUCGACAUCUAGUGGCAAAUUUGACUGUUUAUGACAAAUCCAAUAUGCUGGACAGAGAAAGCAAAUGUUCUGACACAAAUUCCUCGAGUCUACCCACAAGCCAUUGGAUCCUCAUUUGGGCCAUUGCGGCUGUGUCAAUUGUUGCCAUUAGUUCCCGAAGCUGACUCCUCCACGUGGAUCCUUAGAGGCAUCCCAUAGGAGGCUAAAGAAAAGUCCCUCAACUCCAAAAAAAAACAGAAAAAUGUAAACGACGAGACCUCCGGGUCUCCUUUUAAAGUGUAGUGUACAUAUUUUUACAGAGGAUAAAAAAAGAGACACUAUUAUUGAAGAAAAAAAAAGGUAAUCAACCAAUAUAUUUGAAAAUUACAUGAGAUGAUAAAAUUUAAAAAGAAAAAAAAAUGAUGAGAAAAAAAGAAGGUGAAAACCGAUAUGAUAUCGAGGUGAUACUAGAUUAUUUUUGCUAACUGUACAGAAUCAUGUAAGAGAAAAAAAUGAGAAGAAAUUGAUUUUUAAAAUAGAUACAACAAUAAAAAUUUAAAGGAAUUUUUCGAUGACUAACGACUGUAUAAAGUGACGGUGUAGAUGAUAUAAAAUAGAUUGUUUUUCAAAUUUUAUUUUGAAUUCUAGAAAAAAAAGAAUUAAUUUUCAGGCACCUUUCAGCACCCUUUGGGCGAAACUUAUUACAAAAGAACCUUUUCCCCUUCUUUUCCACACAUGGCCUGCAAAAAAUAUUCUUAAGAGACAAUUUAAUGGAAAUGUGAUGUUUGUAAAUACUAAAAAAAAUAAAUAAAAUAAAAUAAAUUAGCCUGUCGCAGAAUUUUCAGUAAAAAUGGGCCGCAAAUUGUGAAGAAUGUGUGGAAAGAAAAAUGUAAAAAGAAAUCCAUUCAAAACGCUAAAGAACUAAUUCAGAGCAUUUUUUUAAUCGAUAUCGUGAUUCUCGAAGAAGAAUUUGUAUACGGAAUGUCGCCAAUUAAUUUUUAAAGUAUUUUAUUUUUCUUACAAUUCUCCUUCUUUUCGCCCAAUUAAAUAAAUAAAAAAAGAACUUUGCCGGUUGGAGAGAACCAACCAAAUAACACCAACCUGUGUAGUUAUUUAAAUUAAAAAAAAGAAAUGAAUGAAUUAAAUAGAUUGGAAAAUAAAGAAAAUAUUAACCCAUACAGGAAUCUGUGAUUUUAAGGUGUAUAAAAAAUGUAAAACUGACUUUAAAGACAAGAUUUAUUGAUUACACAAAGAUAAAUCGAAGUAAAAAAGCAUUUUGGUGGACAGAAUGUGAAAAAAUAGAGAGGUUUUAAUGAAAUUCUAAAAAAUAUUAAAAGAAACUUUAUCAGUUCAUAGAAAAACCAGAUGGAAUUGAAAAUAUUAGGGUUAUUCACUUUGGACUGUAAGUAAUUGAGUAAUGUUCAUUAUAUAUCAAUGAUUUUUUUUAAAUUUAUUUUUUAAAUAAAAAGCUGGUAAAGACUUUUUAAAAUUAAAAUAAUGUCUUAACUUUAAUUUUAUAAUGAAAAUUUGUACAAACUUUUGCCAUUUGACAAAAGUUAGUUAUGGCAAGCAGAGCAAGCAUGAUCUAUCAACCAUAACCUGUCCAAAUAUAAAUUAAUGUCAAAGAAUUAAAAAUAGUUCCUCAAACUAAAUUUUUUGUAUAUGAAAAGUGAGAUUUGAUAAUUUAUGUCAAAUAAUGGUUUGUCUGUCAACUGUUAGAUAAUUGCUGUCAAAUUACAUAAAAAAUCCAUUCAAAGCUCAAUUUAAAAGUAAUAAAUUUUUAUCUUCUUUACAUAGAUUCUAAGCAGAAUUGCUGGGAAUUUUUUCUAAUAAAUUAUUCAAAGUUUUUACAUUUUUCUUAAGUUGACAAAUACAUCGUCAAACGUCAAGUGAUUAAAAAUUGCAUUUAUUUUAAUAAUAUUUCUGACUCAUUUCCAUACGCGAAGCAUUUAAAUAAAAAUUCAAAUUGUAUUAAGAGUUCCUUAAAAAUGUACUUAUUUACAACUUUUUUUAACAUUUCUUACGCAACUACUACAACUCAAUAAUGAAUAACCCUAAUAUUUAAAUAUUAAAUCCUAAAAUACAAAAUUAUACGAAAAAAAAAGAGAAACUAAGAAUUGAUCUGUUAAAAGUAAAUGUUCUCUAUCACCAAUAAAAUAUUCAAACGGAAUCAUUCAAAUUUUUUGAAUGUUUAUCGUGAAAAAAAAUCAUCAUUAAUUCUACUUUUUCUUCCGAAAAAACAAACAAACAAAUUUCUUCGUGUUGUAAAAUUACAUAAUACAAAAAUAGAAAUUUGGGAGGAAAGGCAGAAGAAUUUCCUCAGAAACUUGCGAGGAAAAAAUAAUCCUGAAUUGUUAAAGAGGAGAAAAAGUAAAUAAAAAGAAGUUACUAAAUGAGGAAUUCAAUAGAGAAAAAUGAAUAAAAUAGAAUUAUUAAGAAAUGUUUGUAAUAAAAAAAUAAUGAAGGAAGAACUGAAGAAAUUUCUCAUUCACAAAAAAAGUAAAUUCAGAAGCCCCAAAAAAUGAAAUAAAAUGAAACUCAAAUUUAUACACAAAAAAAGAAGAAAAAUAUAUAAAAGAAAUUCACCAAAUUUUUGUAUUAAGUGUUAUCAAAGUGCAGUGUAUUCAAUUUUUGUCUUGCCUUCGAAACGGAAACGAAUAUAGAAAAAGAAAGAGAUAUUAAAUUACCUUAUAUUGCAUAUUUAAACACAAGAAGAAUUACAUUGAGAUGAAAAUAAAGGGUAAAUGGGCGUGAGGAAAUGUGUAUGAAAAGAAAUGAAAAAAAGUUAAAUGGAAUGAAGAAUAUUUGAUGUUUUUUUUACCAAUUCAUCAAUGGAAAGUAAAAUAGACACAAAAAGGAACCACAAAUUUUGCCCAAAACUACAAAAUAAACGCUAUAGCCUCGACAUAAUAGAGGAAAAAUGGUUAUAGAGAGGAAAGGAGAAAGUUUGUAAAUAUAGGAGAAAAUGAAGUGAGGAGUAGCUGCUGGUUGGAAAAGGGAUUUCCAAUAUGAGGAUCACAUCUAAUUUAUUCCUCCGUAUUUUACAGACACAAAUUUUCAUUUAGCAAAUUAUAAAAAAAAAAAUAAAUAUUUUCCGUGAAAUGUAAUAUGAGAUGGGAGUGUUGUAAAUAUCAUCAAUUACAUUGCAGAUGCAAAACCACAAGUGUAUAAAAUAAUUGAAUAAUUGAAGAGAAAAAAUGUGUAAACUAUAAAAAUUGAAA